UUGGGUCAAAGUUUAUUUGCACAGCGUGCUAGUUUCGCGCCAGCAUUUUCGCGGGGAGUGACAACUACACUGAUAAUCGGCGAGAAAUGAAACACCCCAAAUAAGAUAAUAUCGGUUAUACUUGCAGUAUAUUUGUGGCGUUCAUGGUAUACUUUUAUUUGAUCGUUUGUAUUCUAUCAGGAGUACUAAGCCCUAGGUGUGAGAGGAACCAGGAUGAUGGCGACGGUGCCCCUGACCAGCUCCAGUCUCCUCCCUCUGCUGGAAUCUCUGGAGGAUAUCACAGCCGGACAGCCGGAGCAGACAGACGCCUACCUCACCAUUGUCAAUCGUCUCAGUGGGGAUGAUGGAACACAGUUUCUCCCUGCCAUUGUAAAGAACAUUUCACGUUUGGGUAGAACUUUCCAGACCCAUAUCGCCAGUCAGAAUGCAGAGCUGAGCCAGGCUGCACUACAGGCCCUGGGGUUCUGUGUGUUCCAUGCCCAUGUCGUCUCAGCUAUCCCAGCUAAUUUUGCAGAGGAGCUACUGUCAGCUCUUUCCUCUCUGGUGGUGAAGUCUACAGACAAGAACACAUGCACCAGAGCGUUAUGGGUCAUCUCCAAACAGAACUUCCCUCCAGAGGUGGUGGCCAAGAUGGUGCCAGAGAUUCUGAGAACCCUGGAGUGUGUACGGACUAGAGAAGACAUCCAGUCUGUUGUCAUGGAGCAUGAGUCGUUGAAUGUUAUCAUAAGGCUGCUGGACCAGACCCCAGCCCAGAUGGGUGAGUGUGCAGUGCAGUGGGCCAAGCUAGUCAUCCCUCUGGUGGUCCACUCAGCCUCUAAAGUGCGCCUGCGGGCGGCAGCAGCCCUGGAGAUGGGUCUGCCUCUACUAAUGGAGAAACAGAAAGAGGUGGCAGCCAUCAUAGAACCCAUCAUGUCCUCUAAACUCAUCCCAGAGCUCCAGAAACUGUUCUCUACGAAGAACGAGACCAAUGUUCUGAAACUCUGGCCGUUGUUUGUCAGGCUCCUAGGGAAGCUGCUCCAUAGAGGUGGUCCCUUCAUCAACUCCCUGCUUGGCCUGGAGGAACUGGGCUUCCGUAGCUCCUCCCCUAACAUCAAGAAGAUCGCCUUCAUUGCCUGGAAGAGCCUCAUAGACAACUUCUCCCUCAAUCCAGAGAUCCUGUGCAGUGCCAAGCGGCUGAAGUUGCUGCUGCAGCCCCUCCGCUCCAUCCAGGUGAGGACUGAGGCCCUGCUGCUCACCAAGCUGGAGGUCUGGUGGUACUUGGUGGUCAAACUGGGACCCAACCUGCCUGCACACUUUGAACAGGUUGGUGUUCCUCUCCUCCAGUGUACACUGGGCACUGACUCUGCCUUCCCAACUACUCCAGCCCGGAGCUCCAUUCAGAACAGUGCUGUGGGGACCAGUACACACAAAACUGGUGCCCCGGCCUUCUCCAGCCCUACGGUGAUGCCCCGUCUGAACCUGAACUGCAGUGUGGUGGCGAGCCAGGCCUACCCCUCUAUACAGCUGCUGGGAUUAGAGAUGCUGCUGCACUACUUCAUGGGGUCAGAGGUCACCGCCGCCGCUGCCAAGAACCAACUGACGCUCAGCCUGGAACCUCUGGUUCACCCCUUCCUGUCUAGCCCCACCUCCUUCACCAAGCACGGCUCUUUGCUUAUCUCCGCAGUCCGCGACAGCUUCAUCUGCAUCGGCAAAGACGCCCCAGAUGCCUUGCUUGCCCUUAUAUGGAGGAACCUUGUCAGUUUCGUAAUCACAACGAUUGAUGCUGCUGGCCAUAAGAAAGAGCGCCAGGGCUCUGAGCUCCUCCCCCUGUUGCUACAGGCUCUACAGAGCAUCAUCUCCUCAGAGGCCCUCCCUGCACACAGGGCUCUGAGUCUGCUGGAAAUGACAGUGAAGGGUAUCCCUCAAAGGAUACUGGGAUCUGCCUCUUACCAAGUGGGCAAAAUGGAUCUUUUGAACGGAACCCCGGCUCUGUUCCUGAUUCUCCUGUUCUACAACAGCAGUCUGGUGGGAGGGUUCGUAGAAGAUGAGAGGUUUUUCCUGUGUUUAGAGACCCUAGUGAGCUGUGGUCUCUCCGGCCUCACGUCCCCUCUGGCAUUUGGGGAGGCGGUCCUGGGGGCGGUGGGGCGCAGCGCGGGGACUCUGGGGAAUAAGGAACAGCUGUGGAGGAUGUGGAGUGUGGUGGUCAACCCACUGACUGUUACCAUCACACAGACCAAUGAGGUGAACCAAGGGGAUGCUCUGGAGCACAACUUCAGUGCUGUUCACACUGCCCUGAUGUUCCCCAUCACACACCUGCUACCUGGCAACGCCCUGCCACAUGUGACCCAGAAGUCCAUGCUGGGUACGUGGUCCAGGCUGUAUAAGGUGUUUGCCUGUUGCUCUGCCCUGGUGGCCACUGCCGAGGAGAAUGUCUGCUGUGAGGAGCUGUGUGGCAAAAUGGCUGCCCUAUUGGACAGGAAGGCCCUGAGGGUUCCGUCAACGUUGGAUGCGGUUGCUAACAUCCUCCUGGUCAUCGUUGAGAGUUCUGACUUCUCUCCCUACACUUCACAGUUUCAACAGAAGAUGAAAUCUCCCCACACCCCUCUGGCCUGGGUGCGUAAGAAAAGCAAAGCCCUUGGGAACCUGUCUAGCUUCCAGACCCUGCUGGUCCAGGCCCUGGAGGCCUUUAAUGCUGUUGAGGCUCCUGAGACUGUCCCUGAGGGUACAGGCCUGGCCCUGGUCGCCAUCCUCUCUACCCUGUUCUCUAAUCUGGCACUGGCUACAGCCAUCCAGGAGGCCCUGGCCUCUCUCACACAGCCCCUCACAGCCCUCUAUGAACAGCCUGGGAGGACUCCAAAUGAGCAGCCGAAAUCCACCUCAAGUCUUGGAGCAAAGCUGGAGAAGCUCCUGGUUGAUGUGUUGGGCUGCCUGCAGACGUGUUCCGCCCUGGCCUAUGAUGAUGAGCUGCUGUCCCUGCUGUCCCCCCUGCUCUGUGUCCUGUUCCUCCACCGGCGGAAGCACAUCCGCUCCCUCGUCACACAGUUCUGGAACGCAACCUUCGCUAACACUUUGGUCCUCGUCUACCCAGAACAACUCAAGCCAGUGUUGAGCCAGGUGAAGCAGAACACUCCUAUCCUCUUACCUGGCUUUCAGUCUGUUGAAGUUCCAGAUGAACUCAGUGGACAGUCCUCGAGUGAGAGCUCUCAGCUGGAGACCAAGGUGAGUGGAGUGCAGGUGACUCCUGGGGUGAAGAGAGGUUCUCUACUGGUGAGGGUUGGCGAGAUGGACAGGAGCUCCAAGACAUCCAAGCCUGUCUCGAUGAAGCUCGACUUUGGCUCUCCCAAGCCGCCUCGUAGAGAGGAACUGGAGGAGCAGGCCUCUAUAGACUUUGUGUUCAUCCCCCCCGAGACCAAGGAGAGAGUCCUCACCGAGCACCAGAAAGAGGUCAAGAGAACCAAAAGGGUUGACAUUCCUGCCAUGUACAACAACCUGGAUUCUUCCCUUGAUACCACGGUCUUCACCCAGUACACACAGAGUCAGGAGGAAUCACUGGACAAAUUUCCAGCAGUUGAGCAAGCCGAAGAUUCUGAAAAGGAUGAGGUUAAAGCGGAGGUUCCAGAAGAAAACAUGGAAAUGGGGGAGGACGUUGCUGACGAUACCCAAGAAUAUAUCAGUCCAACCAAUGAGACAACAGAAUCUGCAAAGGGAGAGGAGAAGCCUGCUGAUGAGUUACUUCCUGAGUCUGCAGACAUUUCCAUGGAGGAGGAUGUCAAUGAAGAUGUUUUAUUGAAGGAAGACUCUGCCGUGGAGACCAGAGAGGACACCAGCCCUGACGUCUCUGGCGGCUCUGACAUGGUCUCAGGGACGCCUCAGAAAACCAACAGUCGUCGCCAGUCUUUCAUCACUCUGGAGAAGUAUGCUGAGGGGAAGCCUGCUAGUCCUGCCAGCGUGGUAACGUUUACAGGCCCCCUCACCAGGACUGCUAACAGCCAGGCGCAGGCGGCUUCCUCUCCAGAACCCCCGGCAGGGGCCGGCCAGGCGCAGGCGGCUUCCUCUCCGGAACCCCCGGCAGGGGCCGGCCAGGGGCAGGCGGCUUCCUCUCCGGAACCCCCGGCAGGGGCCGGCCAGGCGCAGGCGGCUUCCUCUCCGGAACCACCGGCAGGGGCCGGCCAGGCGCAGGCGGCUUCCUCUCCGGAACCACCGGCAGGGGCCGGCCAGGCACAGGCGGCUUCCUCUCCGGAACCACCGGCAGGGGCCGGCCAGGCGCAGGCGGCUUCCUCUCCGGAACCACCGGCAGGGGCCGGCCAGGCGCAGGCGGCUUCCUCUCCGGAACCCCCGGCAGGGGCCGGCCAGGCGCAGGCGGCUUCCUCUCCGGAACCCCCGGCAGGGGCCGGCCAGGCGCAGGCGGCUUCCUCUCCGGAACCCCCGGCAGGGGCCGGCCAGGCGCAGGCGGCUUCCUCUCCGGAACCCCCGGCAGGGGCCGGCCAGGCGCAGGCGGCUUCCUCUCCGGAACCCCCGGCAGGGGCCGGCCAGGCGCAGGCGGCUUCCUCUCCGGAACCCCCGGCAGGGGCCGGCCAGGCGCAGGCGGCUUCCUCUCCGGAACCCCCGGCAGGGGCCGGCCAGGCGCAGGCGGCUUCCUCUCCGGAACCCCCGGCAGGGGCCGGCCAGGCGCAGGCGGCUUCCUCUCCGGAACCCCCGGCAGGGGCCGGCCAGGCGCAGGCGGCUUCCUCUCCGGAACCCCCGGCAGGGGCCGGCCAGGCGCAGGCGGCUUCCUCUCCGGAACCCCCGGCAGGGGCUGACACUGACUCGCAGGAGACUGAACAAGCAAGAUGUAGAAGCUCCAAGAAUCAGUCUUCCAAAAAUGAGGGAGAGAAACCUGAACCUUCAGAAGACAAAAAGCAAUCCGAGGUUGAGAAACCAGCUGAGAAAAGAACAAGUGAAACCGACGAGGACGACGUCAUCCCAGACACCCAGACUCCGGUGGAAAUACUGAAGGAAGUUCUAGUUCCUGCAUUUGAAGAAGUAGUAAUGGGAAACAACAGUCAGAAAGAAGAGGAAUCUCAAGGUCUUCUGGAAGGUUCUCCCAGUUCCCAGGCCGAUCUGAGCCAAGGUGAACCAAGGCGGUCCGGAAGGCGGAGGAGCAGGCCACUGAGACCAGGAGAAGAUGCAGAGGAAUGGGAAGAGAAAGACAAACGCAGGAAGUCUCAACCCAAAGAGGCAGAGUGUCAAAUGGAUUCACCAAAGACGGUGCCCUCUCCUGUCAGUCAAGCAGACAGUCAGUCACAAGGUAGAGCCAGUAGGAGAAGUAAGCUGGCUGUUAACGUGGAGGACCGUGGAAAAGACAAGCUGAGAAAAAUAAGUCACAAGGAGGAGAGCGAGUUGAGCCGAUCAAAUUCACAGAUGGCCACGCCUUCACCUGCUGCUGAUAUCAACAGCCAAUCACAGAGUAGCAUGGUAUCAAGUAGAAGGAGCAGCAAAUCAGAGGAUCUGGUCAAAGACAAACAAAAGAGAGGUGUUGCAGAGGAAGAGCUCAGUCAAAGUGACUCUCAAACGGACACCCCCUCUGCCUCUGAUAAUGAUAGCCAAUCACAGAGUAGAUGUAGUCAGAGGAGUAAGUUGGCUGUGGAAGUGGAGGAUGAUUGCAGGCAGAAACUAAGGAGUAUUAGGGCUCAGAAGGUGGAGGAAAAGACGAGCCAAAUUGAUUCACAUGUAGCCAAACCAUCUCAACAAGAGAGCCAGUCACAGGGUAGUGCAAGCUGGAAGAGCAAACCACUCCGUGAUUUGGAGGAGGUUGACUUUGUCGAUGAGGUUGACAAGCAGGAUCCUACUGAGCACGAAAGUGAUUCUCAGAUUGCCACACCCUCUCCUGCUGAUCAAACAGGAGAUGGCCAAUCACAGGGUAGAUCUAGCAGGAGGAGUAAAUUGGUCACCGAGUCAGAAGAAGAGGGUAAAGGCAAGCCGAAGAGGAGAGGCGGUACAGAGCUACUCAGCCAAAUUGACUCACAGACUACACCUUCAACCACACCUUCAGCCACUCCAACAGACAGCCAGUCGCAGGGUAGAGCAAGCAGGAGAAGCAAGGUUCCCAUUGAAGUGGCUGAGUCUGAGGUCAAAAGAAGCCUGCAUUUGGCCACUGAUUCAGCAGCAACACCAGAGAAGAGCCAGACUCAUUAUCAGGUCGCUCCUUCUGCCACCAGUCCAACAGACCGCCAGCUGAGGCCCAGGAGCAGAACCAGUAAAAGAAACAAGAUGUUAAAGGAGCAGGUAAAAGCCAACAGCAGCCCUAACCCAACUCCUAACAUGGAGAGACAGAACUCACAGGUGGCAGAUACAGAAUCCUCACAAGGAAGUGGAAGGACUAAAAGGCGUAAGGCCUCCCAGGCCUUACUAGGCUCCAACGUGGAGAACUCUGAGUCGGAUGCUUCAGAGCCCCGGGAGGAUGUCCAGAAAGGCCGGAAGCCCACGUCAGCUGGAGCGGUUCCAAGCCCUCUGGCUACAGUUGGAUCAGCAGAGCCAGGGGCUGACCAAGAGGUCCCAAUGGAUAGUUCUGAAACUUCUCUAAAGUCAGACUCGCAAAACCCAUCAAGUGAGGCCUUAGAAGUCGUCAAGAUUCCACAGGAUGUGGAGGAAGCCCUUAAAAUGGUCAACUCCCUUAAACCUGAAGUGCUAGUUCCAAGUCUUCCUGUGAUAACUAAGAAAGAUCUGGGGCAGAUGGAGACGGACAUGGGGUGUGUGAUUGAGGCAGUUGACCCCUUUGUGCCAGAGAAGGCAGAAAAUACUAAGCUUUCUUCUCAACAGACGGAACCUGAUCUAGAACAUAUGAAGAGCCAGGAUGUGUGUAUGUCUCGACAGAAGAAGGAACGUGGACAUAAAUGGUCAAAAAGCAAAGCGAAUUUCAACACCGUCUCCUCUCGGGAGAGUGACCAUGAUGACCUAGAGUGUGACCAUGAUGACCUAGAGUGUGACAGGCCAACACAGAUCCAAAGAAAGCUGCUCAAUGACUCUGAGCAGGCCAACUCUCUCACGCCUUCCACUGAAGGAAAUGCCAUCUCUGAAGAUGGACUAAACAAACUAUGUACCCCUCCCAUUGCCAAUGGCCUCCCCACAGAUACUUCACCUACUGAGGCAACAGAGGAGAAACUGAGUCUUCAGGUCUCUGAGUCCUCAGAGAAGGUUUUAGAUGGGCUGAAGCCUGUGGCUGUCUCCAGUGAGGAGGUGACCGAGGAGCAGAUGGGAGAACACGAGGAGAACAGACAUCCAGAGUCUGCUACCAAUGUUCUAGAGGAGGACCAACUGGAAGAUGUUGGCAGGUCUAUUGGGCAAGCCCAGUCAGGGUGUUCCAAAGCCUUAGAUGAGGAACAACGGGAGGAGCAGUACACAUCUAUCAAAGGACAGCCAGAGGCUGACAGCACCUCUACUGGAACCAGAGAAACCCACACUGAGCCUCAGGCGGACAACAUUCAAGAUAUCACUCCUCUCCAAGAGAGGGCAAAAACUGACAAUGUAUCUGGCCUCGAGUGUGAAGAGGAGGGUGAAGAAACCCAGAUGGCCAAUAAUGACCUAGAUCUAUCUCCUUUAAACUCUUUUAUCCUUGUGUCCUCUGACCUUCACGGAGCCCCAGUGCCUCUACAUCACCCAAGUACCUCUAAAGACAUGUUGUGCCAAGACUCUCCACCCAAGCAGAAGGAUGCUGUGAUGGGGCUGGAGGUGGGCCAUAGCCCCAGCAGUGGCAGGACCAGGGGGUUGUGGUCCCCCUUAGCUUCCCCCUCCACCUCUAUCCUGAAGAAGGGACAGAAAAGACCAAUAGAAGAGGAGAGUCCUUCGCCUUUCACCAAGUCUCGACGAGUAUCAUUUGCUGACCCAAUUCAACACCAGGAGCUGGCAGAUGACAUUGACCGUCGCAGCCCUGUCAUCCGAUCCAGCUCCCCAAGAGACAAAACUACCAGCAGCAGCAUCCCUCAGGCGAAGUACAUCACAACACCAACAAAGGGCUUACUGAUCCUCAGUCCACGCCAUCUCCGCAGCCCGGGGUACAAGAGCUCCAAGAAAUGCCUGAUCUCUGAGCUGGGCCAGGAGCCGAGGCCCAUCCCUAAGGACUGUGUGUACCCGGCCCUGGUCCGCUGUUCUACCCCUGUGGAAGCAGUGCUGCCUCAGAUCACCUCCAACAUGUGGCCUCGUGGCUUUGGCCAGCUUGUGCGAGCCCGGAAUAUCAAAACUGUCGGAGACCUCAGUGCUCUCACACCAAGUGAAAUCAAGAACCUUCCCAUUCGUUCCCCAAAGAUUUCUAAUGUGAAGAAAGCACUUAAAAUAUAUCACGAACAGCAGCAGAAGGGCCGUAGUGAUGAGCUAAAGAGUUUUGAGGAGAUGGAGAAGCUGACAUCUGAGCUGGAGGAGCCAACUGUUCCUCAGAACCAGGGAGAGGACAAGACUCCAGGAGAUGCCCUAGUCACAGAGUUGUUGGAUGAGCCAGUGCCCAAGGAGCACGAGGAACCUCCAGAGGAGAGACUGGACCAGAGCAGGCCUGACCACCAGAAGACUGCUGAGGGUGGUCUGAUGUUGGAGGUGGAGUCUCUGGCGGCUCAUCUGACUGGGGAGGGAUUGAGCCACUGCUCCUCUGACCAGCUGGUUCUGAUCCAUGAUCAGCUGGGAGGCAUGAUGAGGACGGUGGUGCUGCAGCUGCAGAGCAGACUACUGGCUCAGAACAAGGACAGCGGACCCUGAUCCAAACACUACAGUCCCAGGGUUUGGAUUACAUAUUUUGGGAAUGCCCCACGUGAAGUCUCUUGAAGAUGCCUAUUGACAACUGUGGGGGGGCGGCACAUUGGUGUUUGAAUUCUUACAGAGGUCUUGAUUUGUUCAUGUGGGGGCCUGGGCCCUCCAGCCCCCAAUCAAGGUUUCCCCUCUCAAAAUCUAACAAUUUUUUCAGAAUGGCACAAAUUCCCCGAUAUCAGGGUACUCAUGUCAACAUGUUUGCAACCAGAGCAACUCCGACUCUUAAGAUCUAAGAGUUAACCAAGUACUACACCACAAGUCCACCAGGAUUGUGUUUUUAAACUCUUUUUCCUUGUCCUCUCUGAUGGCUGAGGGAGACAUUUUUAUAAAUGCUAGUUCAGGCUAAAAAGUAGUGGUGGCGAUUAGUUGUCAUGACGAGUGAAAGCGAAGCAUGGUCUCUGAUUGGCUAUACCAAGGCUUUGCCAGGAAGUGAUAUUUUAACCAUACAUUGAUCUGGAGGAUGGCACUUUUUACAUUGUGUACCUAUUAAAUAAAGGUUUGAAAGAUG